CUCCUCCACCGUCACCUCGUCGUCGGCUCGCGCAAGGCCGCUCGCCAUGCUCAUCACGCUCAAGACGCUGCAGCAGCAGACAUUCAGGGUGGACGCCGACCCCGAUGAGACGGUGAAGGGCUUCAAGGAGAAGAUCGAGGCAGAGAAGGGAGCAGACGCCUUCCCGGCCUCGGGGCUCAAGUUAAUUUACGCAGGCAAGAUCCUGAACGACGAGUCGACGCUCAGGGAGUACAAGAUCGACGACAAGAACUUCGUGGUCGUCAUGGUGGGCAAGGGCGCGGCAGGAGCUCAGACCAGCGGUGCCACCAGCAGCAGCACCAGCAGCAGCGCCGCCGCCGCUGCACCCGCCGCCACGCAGGAACCAGCGGCGCCAGCCCCCGUGGCGGCCGCACCGCCCGCCAGCCGGCCCUCCGCGGAGGCCGGCGCCGCGCCAGCCACACAGCCCGCGCCCAGCCCAGCGGUGACGACGCCCCCCACCCCUGCCGGCGCCAGCGGCGCCAGCGGCAGCCUCGUCGACGCCGCCUCCUCCACGCUGGUGACAGGCCAGGCCUACGAGAACAUGGUGCAGGAGAUGGUGCUCAUGGGCUACGAGCGCGAGCGCGUCGUGGCGGCGCUGCGCUCCAGCUUCAACAACCCCGACCGCGCCGUCGAGUACCUCCUCACGGGCAUGCAGGAAGGCGAGGGGCUGGCUGCAGACGCUCCCGCUGAGAGCCAGCAGCAGCGGCAGCAGCAGCGGCAGGCGGCUUCCGCGCCCAGCGCCCCGGCCGCCUCGGGCACCACCAGCAGCAGCAGCACGGCGAGUACCGGUGGCACCGCGUCGCAGGGCUCCAGAUCCGGCAACCCGCUGGAGUACCUGCGGAACCAGGCACAGUUCCGCUACAUGCGGCGCGCCGUGCAGCAGAACCCCGGCCUGCUGCCCGCCCUGCUGCAGGAGCUGGGCGUCCAGAACCCUCAGCUGCUUGCGGAGAUCAGCCAGUACCAGGAGGAGUUCAUCCACAUGCUCAACGAGCCGGGCGAGGAGGGCGCCGAGGAGCCCGGCGCCGACGAGCCGGGCGCAGACCGGCCGCAGGUCAUCCAGGUCACGCCCGACGAGAUGGACGCCAUCGAGAGGCUCAUGGGCCUGGGCUUUGAGCGGCGCCUGGCGAUGGAGGCCUACUUUGCCUGCGACAAGAACGAGAACCUGGCGGCAAACUUCCUCCUACAGCACAUCGUGGACGACGACUGAGUCCACCAUCGCCCCCUCCCUCCCCCAUCGCCCCCCCCCUCUCUGCCUCCCUCCCCUCCCCCAUCGCCCUCAUCGCCCCCAUCGCCCCCCCCCCCCUCUCAUGCUCCCUCCCCGACGCCGCCCCGCAGAGCACACACGCCCACGGCCCUUCUCUCUCCCCUUCACGGCCACCGCCACCAUCGUCGUCACCACCACCACCGCCAUCACCGCCACCACCACCGCUAGCACCACCAUCAUCGUAAUCACCACCACCGCCAUCACCGCUAGCACCACCAUCACUGCCACCGUCACCACCACCACUAGCAUCACCAUCGUCGUCGUCACCACCAUCACUGCCACCGUCACCACCACCACCACCGCUAGCACCACCAUCAUCGUCACCGCCGAUGCCACCACGAUCACCGCCACCACCAGUGCCAUCAUCGCCGUCGGCGCCACCGGGCACGGCUGCGUUGCACCGUCACCACGAGCAAGUGCUGCUGAAGCGUCGGGCCGGAAGAGGGCGUGGCCACGUGGGGGAGGGGGGGGGUCACUCGCGCGGGGGGGGGGGGGUCACUCACGCAAGGGGUCACUCCCGCAAGGGGUCACUCCCGCAAGGGGUCACUCCCUCUCGGCGUUUUCCCGUGGAGCACGUCAACGGGACGACGCGCGUUGACAGGGUGGCGCGCGUUGAUGGUGGCGUGUGCUGCCAAUCGCCGUGACUGGGGGACGCUGCUCGUUCGGUUAGAACCCACCCAGCCCCCCCCCCCUGGUAGCUAAUGAACUAAUCUGCUUGCGUGGUGACCUCUGACCCUGCCCCCUCCGCGGCGCUGGGGAGGCCCUCUUCCGGCCGCACGUCGAGGUCCAGGACGCCGGGCCGAGUGGCUUCGCCCAAAUCCUAAAUGGGAUUUUCGUAUUUCCCCCCCCCUCCUCUCUGGUUCAUAAACAUUCUGCAUCGCGUCACAACGGCCCCCUGUCCCAGGCCAGCCCCACGCAGGGAGACGGCGACGAUCGCGUGGCGCUCGAAUUUGAUGAAACAAAAACAUUUCAAGAGCCGCGACGCUCGUGGUGACUAGGCCGCUCAACUCGCCGGCCAGCCGGGACCCCAAGAACCGCCUCCAAGUCCCUGAGCACCGCGUGCAGCGCAUACCCCCACACCGCCCCCCCCCUUCUCCCGUCACCUAAAGCCCCCCCCCCCCCCCCCCGGCGUGACGGCCCCGACCCACUUAACCCCCACCCCCUCCCCGCCCCGUAAGCUUAUUAUGCAAAGGUGGAGAGGCAAGCGGAGAGCGUCGUUGGCGUGGGGUUUGUUCCGCUACGUUUCCUUGUUAAAGCGUCGGCGUCGUCGUCACCGUCGGCGUCGUCGUCACCGUCGUCACCGUUGUCACCGUCACCGCCGUCACCGCCGCCGCGUUGCGUGACCGGGCCGAGCGCCGAUUUUGCCGCGGCCGGCGAUACGGCAAAGUUCCCCGCGGCGCUGCGUUGUGCCACCUGGACCGGCGGGCGGGCGGAGCGGAGGUGGUGCUCGGGCCGGGGCUGGGUGGGGCCGAGCUGGGUGGGGCCGGGCUGGGUGGGGCCGGGCUGGGUGGGGCCGGGCUGGGUGGGGCCGGGCUGGGUGGGGCCAGGCUGGGUGGGGCCGGGCUGGGUGGGGCUCGCGAGUUGGGGUUGUUUGUGGGUUUUGGUGUCAAUGGUGGGGGGGGCGGUGGGUAGUGACUGGGUGGCGUUGGCGUUAGGGCUGUAGCAGUGGAGGUCAUGGGUGUGGGUUGGUCUCGGUGACUUGCGACUUGGUGUUAGUGGCAGAGUGGCUCUGCUUGCUACUUGACUGAGGUUCGGCUGAGUGCUCGUGGUUGGUUGGGUAGUUUCCCAGGGUUAUGGGUAGCGCUAGUGACUUGGGGUAGUUGGGGUUAUGGGUAGCGCUAGUGACUUGGGGUAGUUGGGUUAUGGGUAGCGCUAGUGACUUGGGGUAGUUGGGGUUAUGGGUAGCGCUGGUGACUUGGGGUAGUUGGGGUUAUGGGUUGCGCUAGUGACUUGGGAUAGUUGGGGUUAUGGGUAGUGCUGGUGACUUGGGGUAGUUGGGGUUAUGGGUAGCGCUGGUGACUUGGGGUAGUUGGGGUUAUGGGUAGCGCUAGUGACUUGGGGUAGUUGGGGUUAUGGGUAGUGCUGGUGACUUGGGGUAGUUGGGGUUAUGGGUAGCGCUGGUGACUUGGGGUAGUUGGGGUUAUGGGUAGCGCUAGUGACUUGGGGUAGUUGGGGUUAUGGGUAGCGCUGGUGACUUGGGGUAGUUGGGUUAUGGGUAGCGCUGGUGACUUGGGGUAGUUGGGGUUAUGGGUAGCGCUGGUGACUUGGGGUAGUUGGGUUAUAGGUAGCCCUAGUGACUUGGGGUAGUAGGGUUAUGAGUAGCGCUAGUGACUUGGGGUAGUUGGGGUUAUGGGUAGCGCUAGUGACUUGGGGUAGUAGGGUUAUGGGUAGCGCUGGUGACUUGGGGUAGUUGGGGUUAUGGGUAGCGCUAGUGACUUGGGGUAGUUGGGGUUAUGGGUAGCGCUAGUGACUUGGGGUAGUUGGGUUAUGGGUUGCGCUGGUACCAGUGGCUGCGGUGAUCAGGGUUAGAAUCUAGUUGGCUGUUCCGCUCACGAAGUUCUCUCUCCACCACCCCCACGGUAACGCACGGAAACCUCUCGCUCGCCCACCCACCUGCCCGCUCGCCCGCCCUCUCGUCCGCUCGCUCGCUUACCCGCUCGCCCGCCCACCCGCUCGUCCACCCGCUCGUCCACCCGCUCGCCCGCUCGCUCGCCCUCCGAUGACCUUUUCUGGUGUCCCAGGAUCCCAGCGGUCCCAGGCCGGUGGUCACGCAGCAGUCGCAGCGUAAAUACAACAACUACAACAACAACUACUACUACUACACUCGCGCGUGACGAUAAAUAAUAAAAGAGAGAGUUGUUAUUUA